UAAGUCACGAAAAUAAAAAAGGCAUCCGUUCAAAAAUUUGAUAUUUUUUCACAAUAAUCAGAUUUUAUUUUCACUCAAGUCAAUCCUAAUUUUUUUUCGAGACGUUACAAAACAUGAUGUUUUGAUUAGGACAUGAAUAUUUAGCCAUCUGGGAAAUAUGCUUAAUUAUGCUUCCUAUUUUCACAAUCAUUCUUUUCUUCGAUCAAUUACUGAUACCUAGUUUUCGAACACUGCCAUAUACCCAUAGAUUAUACACAUAAUAUAUUUGAGAUAUAUAUACCGCCAAAACAUAUGUGGCUGUUAUUAAAAUUUAUUUUGUCAAUUAAAAAAAAGUUCUAACCUCAACGUAUGUAGGUAUCGUAGGUGUAUUAAUAUUUAUUUUGGUUCAGACAGAGUACAGUAAUAGAACCAAUAUAACGUUAAAUUAUAAGUUACAAAGAGCUAUCGAUAUACAAUUUAUUACAAUUAUACACUACGAUCGUGAAACCUACAGACGUAUACCCUGUUAAUAAACAAAUAAGCAUAUAACUGAAUAUUUAAAUGUCUCUUUUGGAAGAUGUGUUCCUUCAAGAUGAAGCUAAUGAGGCUCGGGAAUUGGAGCGGGUAAUCGACGGUGACGAGUUUGACGACGAUCAACGGGCAUCAUCACCAGAUAGUGAUGAUAAUAGCGCUAAAGGAGACGAAGCCGAGGAGGAUACUAGACGUGUAGAUCCACAAGCCAAAACAAAACGUGUUGUAAGGAAUCCAAGGUUCAUACUGAACCCCGCUCGUCUGACAGGGCCAAGAGGAAUACAAGUUAUACCUGAGCAUUUCAAAGAUUUUAAAUUUAGAGGUAAAGGUCACGAAAAAGAAGAUUUAGAUUUAAUACUCAAAAAACUAGAGCAUUGGGCAUAUAGAUUGUAUCCUAAAUUUGAAUUUGAAGACUGUUUAAAGAAAAUAGAAUCACUCGGCAAAAAGAGACCUGUAAUGGUACAUCUAUGCAAAAUUCGUACAGAUCAGAUUACAUCAGAAGAAACAGUGGUACAGAGGGAUUCCAGUGAAGAUGAGGCACCACCACAAGAAGAAGACGAAUUUGACAAAUUACUGCAAGAGCAAAUUGCACUGGCCAGGUCCACGCCGGCUCCUGAAUCUGUAAAAAAAGUUCGAGACAAGCCAAUGAACAUAUCUCAAAUACUACCAAAAGCAACAUCGUCUCCUUCUAUAAACGAAGAACAACGAGAAAGGAUGCUUAGAAAUAGGCAAUUGGCUGAAGAACGGCGUUUGGCUAAGCUCAAACAAAAUGUCAAUGUUGAACAAAAGCGAAUUAAUAAUGAUAAUUUAGAAACAAACAAACAGAUUGAUGAUAUAAACAAAGUAAACAAUGAAGAACAAACACUACAAAAUGGGGAAACACGAUAUAGCGAUGGAAUUGAACACAAUGGUGCAGUAGAUAAUUCAUUACACAUAAAUAAAAGUUUGAUAGAAAAUCAAACUGUCAAUAAUGAUAAUCAUAAUCUAAAAGAAGCUCUUAACAUAACUAAAGUACUUGAGCUUCAAACUAAAAAUAGCUCUCAGGAAAAACCUAUGGAAAUUCAUAAUACUGAAAAGGAUACAACAGAAACAAUUGAAAAUAUUGAAUUAUGUGUGCCAAAUGAUUUGAUUGAAGCCAAUAUAAACCAACGAACCGAAAAAGUUACAACAUCUAUUAAUGAUAAUACACAAAUUGAUGAAAUAAAUAAUAUGGAUGAAGUUGACAAAGAAAAUAAUUUAGAUAUUUUAGUAGAUGACUUACGUAACAAUGAAACCAAUGUUAGUAAAAUAAUAGAUCACAGUAAAGAGACAGAAGUAAUUGACCCCUUAUUUAUUAAUGAUUACGCAAUGGAGAUUAAUUUUAGUGAUGAGGAUUUCUAAUGGUUAAAUGAAUAAAAUACAAAUAUUUUUAUGGCAA